GAUGUGAUUAUUUCUAUUUUAACAAGCAUAGAUCAACGCCUUCGCAACUGCAAUAAUUUGCAUAGCAGUGUAUUUGUUAUUUGUCAGCUUUUUGUGUUUGUAGAGUUGUACUAUGUUUGUUGUACGCUACAACACCUGAUCGUGGAUUUCAUCAUCAAAUAAAUCAUGAUAGAGACUUUCAAAUACUGAUAAAGAAACACAUCUUCAAAAGAAAGCUACCACCCCAUAGAAUUAGAAAACUGAGAAUUAGAAACUAAGACAGAACAUAAAUGAAUAAAUAACAAAUCUUAGAAGUAACUAAACGCUAAAAGAAGAAGACACCAGCUCACACGAACUACACUCUCCUCUAUAGUCUAUACUCUCCUCUACACUCUCCUCUACACUCUUAUCCACUGAAACCCUUCCUCCGCCAUGAUCUACUGGAUAUGGGCAGUGUUUAAGAGGAUGGCCCCCUUCAAGGUUGUAACACUGGAUGACAGAUGGGAUCAGAUGAACCGCAGCUUCAUGAUGCCUCUCACCAUGUCAUUCGCUUAUCUUAUAGACUACGGUAUCAUCGCAGGAUCUGCAAUAAAGUGCACUGGGUUUGAGGACACAUUCCGCUCAGAAGCAUUUGUAGAUGAGUACUGCUGGACACAGGGUAUCUACACACUGAGAGAAGCUUAUGACAUAGAGAACAUGGACCUGCCUUAUCCCGGUAUAAUUCCGGAGGGUAUCCCGAACUGCAUACCACUAGAAAGGUACGACGGGAUGAAAAUAGAGUGUCCUGACGAAGCCCAGUAUCUCACACCUAACAGAGUUUAUCAUCUCUGGUACCAGCACCUACAACUCUACUUCUGGCUGGUCUGUGCCCUCUUCUAUCUCCCCUACAUGGUGGGAAUCUGUCUGGGUUUCAACUACACUAAGCCUAUAGUAAACCUCCUCCACGACCCUCUCACACGUGAUGACGAGGAACUGGACGCUCUCCUCGACAAGGCUGCGCGCUCUCUUAGACACAGAUUCGAUAUAUACAGCGACCACCACAAGUCCUGGUUUAACACACUCUACAGCAGGCACACCCUGCUCUACCUCCUCUUCUUUAUCAAACUCCAGUACCUCGCUUUCUCAGUAGCUAUCCUGGGGUUAACCCACGCUAAAUUCAAGAUAGGUAGUUUCCUAACGUAUGGGUUUGAGUGGGCGGGUAGUGGUCCCACUAAUGGCACCUACACUCUGAUACAGCACAAGCUGUUCCCUAAAAUGACAGCAUGUGAGAUUAGGAGAUGGGGAGCUACAGGACUGGAUGUUGUGAGGGGGAUGUGUGUGCUACCUCAGAACGUCUCUAACUCUUAUAUCUUCCUGGUAUUCUGGGUGUUCCUUGUGAUCACUAUACUGGGUAAUAUAAUAGGGUGUAUCCUGGCUGUGAAGCAGUAUCUGGUGAAGAGUGAGGGGUAUGGUAAACUGGUGAACUGUACUUUCUGGAAUGAUUGGAAUCUCAGACAUUUGUAUUGGCACGUGGGCGGGUCAGGGCGCGUGGUCCUGCAUCACCUGGCUGAUAAUCUCCACCCCUGUACUUUUGAGAAACUCAUAAGGAGGUACUGGUGGUUGAAACGCAACGAGUUUGUUCAAUAUAAUGGACAUUUAAAAACUUCAUAGGUUAUAUUAGAAGUUAUCAGGACAUCCUCGGAUGUUUUAGGGUACUCUAGAAUCUACAGUAUAGAUUUUAGUAUAAUAAGAUGUUAU